AUGUUAAAAAAUCAAUUAUGGAGAUGUAGAUUAUAUGACUUUACUUUAAGUAAGCCUUGCAUAGGUAGUAGAUCAAGAUUUUCUACGAGGUCAAGCGGACUAGCUACAGUUAAACAAAGUUGUCUUCAAAAUCAACGAUCAUAUAAUACAAAAAACUACAACAACUUCGAUUCCAAUGGAGCGCAGUUCAAAAACCAACUGCUGGUCAAUAACCAUUUCAAAAGUAAAUCACACAUUCUACAGACAUUAUCAACUAUACAGACCAAAGAUCAACUUAACGACUUUGUCACAAAGUAUCUGGAAAAGUAUAGUCCUGAAACAUCAUGGCCACCAUUUAUGCAAUUUAUAAAACAAGCCCAGCAACUAAAUUUCCAAAUAUCCAACAACUUGUGGAUUCAUUAUCAUAAAUUGUGUGAACAUAACGAACAAGACAUUCAGCUUGUAGAUUGGGCUGGAUUAUAUUUGUUUAGAUUCAAUGGUCGAGUUUUCGAGAUUUUACGUUUCAAUGAUCAAUGGAGGAAAAUUAUCAAGUACAGCCCUAAUUUAUUUGCAGUUUAUUAUCUGAGUUAUAUACAUUGGUUACUUAACACGAACCAGUUAUAUUUUGCAGUCGAAAACUUCAUUAAUUAUUUGGAGUCCGGUGAUUCGGAUUUAAAUUUAUUACCAUUUGACGCUAUCAUUACAAAAUUGAUUAAAGAUGAAGAUGUGUAUAAAAUUUGCAAGAUUUUGGAUAUUUCAAUGAAUGAAAGAGACAUAAAUUUAAGUGAUGAAAAUUGGUCAAAGAUUUUAAAUUUAGGUAUAAAAAACAAUUCGUAUCCAAUUGUGAAGCAAGCUUAUAAAUCAUAUUUAAUGAAAGGGUUCACAGAUGGGAAAAUAUCAAUAGAAGAAGCAAUAUUAUCACCCAUGUUAGUAAACAAAAAUCAUAUAUUUCAAUCAAUGUCUGAUUCCUUACUAAUGCAAAUUUUACAAAUACUUUCAAUGAAUGGUGAUACUAAAUUAACAAUUGAUUUGAUUGAAAGUCAUUUUUUCCACAAAGUUGUUGCUGGUAAGUCCGCAUUAAAUAAAAAUUUCUGUUUGAAAAUCAUCGAGAGUCACUGUUAUGAUAAUUCUCAAGCUAGCAAAGGUAUGGAAAAUGUAUUAGAUUUAAUUGACACAUUUGUUAGGAAGACCAAGAAUGAUCCUAAUAAUGCUAUAACUUCGCAAGAUUUAUUCCAGGCUAUGAAUCAAAAAAUAUCAUCAUACAAUCUAGGCAUAAUUGAUAAAGAAAAGAAGUUAGAUCAACCAGAUAUGGAUGAAAUUCGCGUCAUAGACCCGAAUAAAGAAUCAAAGAAGCCAAAAUUAGUCUUAGCUAAAAGCAAACUACUUCAUGAUUUCAUUGUCCAUAAUAUAAGUUACAUCGACCAAAAUGAUUUCGAUCCAAUGACAAAAUCUAUAUUCAUUGACUGUUUACUAAACUACAUAUCAACUUAUUUAAAUCAUACUGGUAUUGUGAAAGUUUUAGUUUCAAUUCAUUACCUUAAUUCGCAAAACCUAAAAAAUUUGAAUUCAACUUCAUAUGAUUUAAUAUUAAAGACGCUAUCACCUUCAACUUCAAAACAAUGUGCUUUAUAUUAUUUCAAUUAUUUCAAGAUCAAUCAAAUAACAAUCACACCAAGAAUGUAUAUUUGGUUAAUUCAAAGUUGUUUCAAUGAAUAUUACGAACCCAUUUGUACUUAUUUAAUUUAUAAUUAUUUCAAGGAAUAUGAAUCAAUUAUGACAGAUGAUGAAACAAUUGUAACCAAGUUGAUUGAAGUAUUACCUGAUGACAUUGAUGGGCAAUUGUUGAAAUUGAAAAAUUAUUUGACUCAUAUGCCUAGUGGAAAAGGUUUUAAUAUUGCUGGCUGCUUCAAAUUUCUUGGUAUUGUCAUUGAUGUCAUUGAUGAGAAUCAAUUGCUUUCUGAAGUUGGUCCAAAAUGUCAUAGAAGAUAUUAUAAAGUAUAUGACGAAAAUGAUUUAUCCAAAUUAAAAAAAGUUUUGCCUAUUAAUUAG